ACCGGCGAAGGCAGGGGCGUUAGUACACGCCUGCGCGUUACGGACGACCUGUAUAUCUCGGUCAGGCAUUUUCGGUAGAAAUUCGCCGACAUGAGUGGCCGUCAGCUGCGGAAACUCGCCGCCAUCGGCCUAAAGUCGCCGACAAGCAGACAAUAUAGUCAAGUGAGACCCGUCUAUGUUAUAGAACGCCCUAAAUGGCGCAAUUCGGCCCCACAGUUCUAUGCAGUUCAAUCUAUUGAUACGAGAAGCUACUCAUUCGUCCACAAUCUUGACCCAGCAGUCCGGGAGGGGUCCCACAAGUUUGCCGACGAUGUCCUUUUUGACAUGUUUAAGAAUGAGGAGACGGGUUUACUUCCUGUUGGAAAAUUUUUGGCGGCACUGAGGACAACAGGCAUAAGGAAGAAUGACCCGCGAAUCAAGGAGGUCAUGCACAACUUGUACAAAGCACAUAAAGAAUCAAACUUCGAAGGAGGCUCCCCGGAAACUCUCAAACUCGACAAGAAGACGUUCAAAGAAGUGAUAUCACCCAACAUCGUGCUGAUCACGAGAGCGUUUCGCAGCCAGUUCGUGAUCCCCGACUUCCAGGACUUUAUCAAGGAUAUAGAGGAGAUGUACUGGGCGGCGAAGAGCAAUACUGACGGGAAGGUCGCGAGUUAUAUCCCCCAGCUGUCCCGAGCGAGUCCUGAUAACUGGGGCAUCAGUAUUUGCACUAUUGAUGGCCAGCGGUUCUCUAUUGGUGACGUGAACGUACCCUUCACUCUACAGUCGUGCAGCAAGCCCCUGACGUACGCCAUGGCGCUGGAGACGCUCGGCCCGGAUACCGUACACAGUUACGUCGGCACGGAACCCAGUGGACGGAACUUUAACGAGCUAGUGCUGGAUUAUAACAUGAAACCACAUAACCCUAUGAUCAACGCCGGCGCAAUCCUCGUUUGUUCUCUCCUGAAGACCUUGGACAAGCCAGAAAUGACCCUGGCAGAGAAAUUUGACUACGUCAUGUCCUUCUUCAGUCGUCUAGCAGGCAACGAGGUUCUGGGCUUCAACAACGCUGUCUUCCUCUCCGAAAGGGAGGCGGCUGAUAGAAACUACGCAUUGGGCUUCUACAUGCGAGAACAUAAAUGCUACCCGGAGAAAACUAACUUGAGAGAAUGUAUGGAUUUCUAUUUCCAGUGCUGUUCCAUGGAGGCGAACUGCGACAUAAUGUCAAUAAUGGCGGCGACGCUGGCGAACGGGGGCAUCUGCCCCAUCACUGACGAGAAGGUGCUCCGGCCUGACUCGGUCCGCAACGUGCUGUCGCUCAUGCACAGUUGCGGCAUGUACGACUACUCCGGACAGUUCGCCUUCAAGGUGGGUCUGCCAGCAAAGUCAGGGGUGUCAGGUGGCAUGCUGAUCGUCGUGCCAAAUGUUAUGGGCAUCUGCACGUGGUCACCGCCCCUGGAUCCACUCGGCAACAGUUGUAGAGGACUGCAGUUUUGUGAUGACCUAAUAAAGAGGUUCAACUUCCACAAAUACGACAACAUUCGUUACGCGAGCCACAAGAAGGACCCCCGCCGGUACAAGUUCGAGUCCACUGGCCUCAGCAUCGUCAACCUGCUGUUCUCAGCCGCUAGCGGAGACCUUAGCGCCCUUCGAAGGCACCACCUAUCCGGCAUGGACAUGACGUUAUCAGACUACGACGGACGCACCGCCCUUCACCUAGCUGCUGCCGAGGGUCAUCUGGCCUGCGUCGAGUUCCUACUAGCCCAGUGCUGCGUGCCCUACGACCCACAGGAUCGCUGGGGCAGCAGACCCCUUAACGAAGCCGAGACCUUCGGCCACGCAGCCGUAGUCCAGUACCUUAAAGAGUGGGAAGCAACCCACCCAUCAAAUAAAGAACCAACCCCAACCAACUCCGCCGUCGACGAAAUACUCCACGGCAAAACGAAAGCAGAAGACGAUAACAAAGAUCCUAGCAUACAGGAGAUCGUUUCUAGGAACGGAGACAAAAUAAAUUAAGUGGAUCGUUCAUUUUCAUAGAGUCUCAUUGUUUUAGAAUAAUUUGAGGGUAUCUCUUACUAAGUAGCAUUUGAGCCUGUGCCACAU